UUCUACUAACUUAUAAAUUCAGGAUUCACACUCUCUAUCUAAAAUUUCAACAAACAAACAAACAAAAAAAAAUGGCAAAAAAAGAAGCAUUCAUUGGAUCAAUAGAUCAAGGAACAACAAGCACAAGAUUUAUCAUUUAUGAUCAAAAUGCUCAAUCCAUUGGAUCUCAUCAAGUUGAGUUCACCCAGUUUUGUCCACAAGCAGGAUGGGUUGAACAUGAUCCAAUGGAGAUACUUGAAAGUGUGAGGAUGUGCAUAUCAAAGGCCAUUGAUAAGGCAACUGCUGAUGGUUAUAAUGUUGAUAGUGGUCUUAAAGCCAUUGGUAUUACUAAUCAAAGGGAGACUACUGUUGUUUGGAGUAAGUCUACUGGUGCUGCUCUUUAUAAUGCUAUUGUUUGGAUGGAUAUUAGAACCAGCUCAAUUUGCAGGAGACUAGAAAAAGAGUUGUCAGGAGGAAGAACACACUUUACGGAAUCAUGUGGAUUGCCCAUAAGCACAUAUUUUAGUGCACUCAAGCUCUUGUGGCUAUUGGAAAAUGUGGAUGCUGUGAAAGAAGCUGUAAAGAAAGGGGAUGCCCUUUUUGGAACAAUAGAUUCUUGGUUGAUUUGGAAUUUAACCGGAGGUGUUGAUAAUGGUUUACAUGUCACCGAUGUCUCUAAUGCAUCAAGAACCAUGCUUAUGAACUUAAAAAAACUUGAUUGGGAUGAAUCCACAUUGGAAACUUUGAAGAUUUCUAAAAACUUGCUACCAAAAAUUGUAAGUAAUGCUGAAGUUAUUGGUGAUAUAGCAAAGGGAUGGUUGAUUCCUGGAGUCCCGAUUUCAGGAUGUUUAGGUGAUCAACAUGCAGCCAUGUUGGGUCAAUCUUGCAGGAAAGGAGAAGCAAAAAGCACUUAUGGAACCGGUGCUUUUAUACUCCUUAAUACCGGUGAGGAGGUGAUUAAGUCAACCCAUGGUUUGUUGACCACUUUAGCUUUUAAGCUCGGGAAAGAUGCACCUACAAAUUAUGCUUUAGAGGGAUCAAUUGCUAUAGCUGGUGCGGCAGUUCAAUGGCUCAGGGAUAGUCUAGGGAUCAUUAGUUCGGCUAAUGAAAUUGAAGCAUUGGCUGCACAGGUUGACUCAAGUGGUGGGGUUUACUUUGUUCCAGCUUUUAAUGGAUUAUUUGCACCAUGGUGGCGUGAUGAUGCCCGUGGUGUAUUAAUUGGAAUUACAAGGUUUACAAACAAGUCUCAUAUAGCUCGGGCUGUCCUUGAAAGUAUGUGCUUUCAAGUGAAAGAUGUGUUGGAUUCAAUGCAUAAAGAUGCUGGUGAGAAGGGGGAAACGAAAAAUGCAAAAGGGCAAUUCUUGCUUAGGGUAGAUGGAGGUGCCACAGUUAAUAAUACAUUAAUGCAGAUUCAGGCAGACUUAUUGGGCAAUCCUGUGGUGAGACCAGCAGACAUAGAGACCACUGCACUUGGUGCAGCGUAUGCUGCAGGCUUAGCAGUUGGAGUUUGGACAGAAGAAGAGAUAUUUUCAAAUGGAGAGCGAAUGAAGAAAGAUACUACUUUCAAUCCUGUUUGGGAUGAUGAUUUGAGGAAGAAGAAGGUGGCCUCUUGGUGCAAAGCAGUUGAAAGAACUUUUGAUUUGGCUGAUCUGUCUCUCUAAACCAGCAAUCUGAUCAGUUUAACACCUUUUCUCUUUGAAAGUCCUCUUAAUUUUCUUAUUCUUAUUUCUGUAAGAAACAUGUUGCUCCAUCUUUGUGCAACAUGUGUCAUGGUACAUUAUUAAAAGUGGUGGUUCUUCUUGUUGAAUUUUUACGACUAUGUUUCUUAUAUAUUUUUCAGUUCAUUGAAAAAAAAUCCACUGAAACUUACUUGCC